UCUAGAGGGGCUUAGAAUACGUGGACUAUCGCAAUAUGAAACGUAAAAAACACAGCGAAGAAAAAGUGCAAAAAAAUUUUAGUAUCAACAGCGACUCAAUGUUGAAAAACAUCUAAAAUCAAUAUGGCCGCAUCCUCCACGGGACCGCCAGCCGUGGCCGGUCCAGCAAGUACUGGGCCACCGACAUCAGCCACGGCAACAAAGCCUGUCCGUGGACUUGAACGGCACAGUGACCCAUGUUCCUUUACCGUUCAAGAAGAAACACUCUGCGUGAGGCGCAGUGCGCUCGAGAAAGCGUUGGGUUGGAAGCAGAACAGCAGCGAAUACGCCGAAUUGCUCAAGCAGCUCGGCUCUGCAAACCUGGAAGUGGUCCAUGAUGAUACGUGGAAAAAAACUUUGUUGAGGACCUUGGAAGCCAAGCAUCCGCCGGCGGUUUUGCUUGGUUCCCAAGACAGGAUUUCGAUCCUGCCAUCAGGUUCGAUUCCUCCCAAACUGAUAUUCGACACGCAGAAGGAAAUAGAAGACAUCGCCGCUGCGGUCGGAUUGACGGGCACCAGCCCGGUCGGGGGAGAGGAGUUGAAAACAACACAUCUUCAAGCGCCCAGCAGUAAAUCUUCUGGAACCACGCCGCCCGACGAGAGUGACAAUCAAGCGAAGCUGCAGCAGGGGCCCCGCAAUCACCAAAAUCGGCUGGCUUGUAACGAAGAAAAAGCAUCGGUGCAACGACGAGAUCGGCAGGUCGUGGUCGCGUCCGCCGACGAGUAUGACGAUUUCGCGGCCCCGUUUUUGCAAACUGCCGAACGGGUGUGCGUAUUCAUUGCAAAACUACCGUACUUAGUCGUAUUAAUUUCGCUGCAGCAUGUCGUGUGACACAGCAUGUCGUGUGACAGAUCUGCUAACCGGCGUGAAACUUCACGAGGAUUUUCUUUUUUCUUUUUCAAAAAAUGCUUUCAGUAUUUUUUGCAGAAGUGGUUGAGUUGUCAUCCGGCCGGCCGGGCGGAUAAGGACUCAACCGCGAAGUUCCAGAUUGAGUUUGUUACCUCGCACUUCGAAUAAAGUAAUUUGUGAAGAUGCGCAGCUUUAGUCUAGAAGUACGAUUUUUUCGCAAUGCAUAGUACGAGUACGCUGCCGCGGUUCUACGGUGUGUGAAAAAGAGGCAAAGAAGGUUGGAGCUGAUAAGACUGAUGGCAAGGCAGUGGGACGCCGCUGCAACCGACAGCGAUGGCACAUUGCUAAGAACGUGUGUCCACGACCCUAGACAGAAUAUCUUAACCGCGGCCGCAGCAGCGGACGGACUCUGUUUGCCGUUUCGCCUGGUGAACAUGGGCAAGCACGAGAUUACCGCAGGAAAGGCGUCUAGUGUGGCCGUAGCACCGUGUCCUAGUGUGCGGGAUUUCGCGGUCCACCCCUGUCUGCUCGCCGAACCGAUGCCAAUACUUCGAACACUGGAAAGCGUGCUCCGACAGGAAGCCAUCAAGCUCGAGGCAGCGUUUGUUGCGGACGUUGGGAAGCGGCUGGAGGAGGAGUUUCAGCUACCGGAGGGCACGUUCGCCCGGCGUCUCCGGUACCGCGAGCAGUUGUUGGACCUGGACGAGGAUUGCUGGGACCAAAGCGCGUUGAAGAAGGAGCGGGAUUGUCGCCAGUUUCGGCACACGGCACUUCUUCGCUUCGCGAACCCGCAUAAUGUUGAACGCAUCACCCGCUCGCCGGCGGACGCAUUCCCUCACGAGAUGCCUUUUCGCGACACAGAAGUUUUUCCGCAAGCUUACUUGGGAUUGUGGGUUUGUCUGUAUACAGGCGAAGUAUACCACUGCUGGGUCCAGCAGGACGAUAUCCCGAGUUUGUCGGUGGAUCUUCACGAGCGUGUCAAGCUUGGCUUGAGCCACCACUUCGGAUUGCUAGACCGUAGCAUACCAGUUUUUUGGUCAACGGAGGAAGCUCGGGAGGCGACCUAUUAUACCGGUUUCAUUGUGAUCGAGCUGCGAGGACAAGAAUUACAAUUUUCCGACUGGCCGCCUGGGACCUACGAACGCGAGGAGAACGAAGAAAUCGGAGUUGAAGAAGACGGUGAAAAUAGCAGCUCGCACGCGCGAGAAGGAGCAGCUGUAGUUCUUUACGGGCCUCUGCCGCAAACCACCGGCGACGACGAGGCAGUUGCUGUAGCCGGGGAAGAUGUCAGCGCACAAGACCACGGAGAUUUAUCCACUAAUCCUGCACAUACAGAUGCGAAUAUGUUUAUCAACGAGUCGGAUUCCAGUGCCGUCCCUCCAGAGGACGACAAGCAAGCCGUGCGCAUCACUUUCCAACCUGCACUUAACAUGCCCGACAGCGGAAUUGCAAGAAAGAUCGAUUUCGAAUUUGGUACAGGCGCAGAAGCGAGAACAUUUUUGGAGGAACUGAAAUUGCUGGUGAAGAUCGUUCGGGAGCAUGCCGUCGACGGCACGAGGUUUGCGGACAUUAUAACGGGGGAGAAGAGCGAGAAUUUAUGGUGGAAAAACAUUUUUCCCGGCUUCCAAGAGUACGCUCCAGAAAACGUCAAGUUUUUGGUCGAGGAAUUACAGGAUGAAACGGGAUUUGUUCCUGCCGAUGACAAUGUUGACGCCAGUCAGGAUGAGAGGCGGGACGAUGAUAUGAUCGAGGGCGGUGAACAAGACGCGUUAAUGGCAUCCGCUCCGGCAAACACAACAGCAGAUAACAACCGCGAGAAACUUCUUCCUGACGAGGAGGAAGCGGAGAAUAAUGGCACCAGCAGCAACGGUGGCAAAAACAAAUCCCCUAGCGCACAGCAAGCGCAAGAACCAGCAUCAUCUGGGAAAAUAAACAAAGACAAGAUCGGGUCCGGCUUUCUCAAAGCGGACCACACCUGGCUUGACGUGGCGGCGGAAGUUUUCGAGAAACGUCGUCGGCGGAAGGAACCGAUGAAAGAGCCAAUCGAAAUCAGAUGCGUUUUCCCGCAAUUGGAAUUGUGACUGUCCACGUCGUGACUAAAGGACCGAUAAAGCCGACCUGAAGCGGUGGGGAAAAACAGAGCAAGACACCUUUCCGCCAUCAGAAAACGAAGACGAGCUGCAAGCCCAUUCUUUUUAUAUCCGACUCUUCAGCCAAACUACUAGUCCUGCAAAAACUGACGAG